UCCAUGCCCUGCUUUUGGCUCAUCCCUCCGUUCUUCCAGUGAUUUUUCAGAACAUCUGUGCUAAAUUCUUUCCUGUUUGAAAGAACUGGAGUGAUUCUGAGAUCUGUCAUUAGACCCUACUUGGUGCAGUGGUCAUCGAUCUUUACUAACUGUAUUUCUUCUUCACCAGUGUCAGUGUUGGCAGAAGAGUUGCGGGCCCACCCCUUCACUGAUGUGACCCUCUCUUGCCACUUCUCCUUUGUGGAAGGCACAGAAAAUCUUGAAUUUUCUUGGGAAAGAGAAGACAUUAGGGAGGAAUAUGAGUUUCAUAAUAACACAGAGCAACUAGAAGAUCAAAAUGCCAUGUAUGAAGGAAGAGUCUCUGUGGAUCGGGAUGAAAUCUCUGAGGGGACUCUAUCACUUCUGCUAAGAAAUGUGGACUUCAUGGAUGAAGCAAUGUACAAGUGCUCGGCCAUCACGCCGGAUGGAAGAGGCGAAAGUACAAUUAAGCUAAUUGUAGAAGACUCUGAAAUGCCCCAGGUGCAGUUUGACAAGAUUGAUGAUGAGGAUGUGGCCAUUUGCAUCUCCAAGGGCUGGUAUUUUGCACCCAAUGUGACCUGGCUGGACCGGGGUGAGAGGGACUUAAGUAAUCAUAGUACAGUUGAGAUCCUGGAGGAGCAGAUGAAUGGCCUGUACCGGGUGUACUCUGUCCUGAAAUACCCAGUCAAGUUAAACGAGAAAUAUGUCUGUCAUAUCCAAGAGACAGACCAGAACUACAGGCCCGUCAGAAUGAUCCGCAGGUACCCAAAGAGAAGGUAUCCCCCAUCAUAUGAUUACUAUUAAGAGAUGUGAAUAAUAGCUGCUCAAGGACCUCGUCUUCCCUUAAGCCACUGGAGCACUUGCUUUCUCUUGUGGAUGUUUUACUUUUUAUGCUAGACAAAAAUAAAUUUACCAAUCAUAAACAGAAAAAAGUAAGGAGGUAAGAGGUCUAGCAGGUUAGCUAUUAACUGAAACAGUAGAUGCUCAGAUAUUUUGCCUUUCUUAUGCCUGUAUGUUGAAGUCUUGUUUCUUCAUUUCUAUUUUUGUUUUAUUUAGAAGAUUUAACUUUAUUUGCUG